AUGGCCGAUUCGAGGCCGAUCGCCCCAGGUCGCUUGAUUCUGGUGUGGUACGGGGGCGGGGAGGCGUACUGGCACGAGCGCCUCCUGCUCUGCAGGGUGCGGGGAACGACUUGGGUCAUCGUCACUCCUGAUGGCGAUGUCUAUCCAGAGGAUAUCCGUGCCCUCGGAGGCACGCCUUGCCUGCAAGGGUCUGUGCCACCGGCGAUCCCCGCCAACGCUCUACUGUACAGGUUCCCGCCGCUUGGCCAGCUGUACACGGCGGCUGAGUGGCGUCAGGUCUUCGACGACGGGAUCGCGACCGCACGAUGGAGAGGGCGGGGCUGGGCAUCGACGACGACGCUGCUGAUGCUGAGUCGGGUGCUGUGCGUGAUCGGGUGGGUCAACAUGGCUGGACCGCCGGGGCGGGCCUGCCGGCUGGACCGCCGCCAGCUGGAGCCGGCGCCGGGCGGUCCCGCCCCUGGCAUGCAGUGGAUCGCGGUGGCGAACGACGGCCAGCCGGGGGCGCCCUCCAUCGGGUCCGACUGGAGCGUGGACGCCACGGCCAGUGUCAUGGGCAAGUUCGCGCUGGUCAAGCUUGGGACGGCCACCCUCGUGCUGGAGAGCAUCGCGGUUGGCAACAAGAAGAAUGUGCUGGUCUCGAGGAUGGGCGAGCUCGAGCAGGCGGUGGACCGAGCUUCUGGGCCUGGUCUGCCAGGAGCUGGCCUCGGACCUCAAGCGAAUGGAGACGGGCCGGCGGCUGCAGUGCCGCUCAAGUCGGCUGACGCUGGAGUGCUGCCCGUGCUGUGCGACCAGACGGGCCAGAGGCUCAGGGCCUACACUAAUGCCGUCGGGCUGCUGGAGGAGCCACGGUUCGAGGACUUCCCGGUGGUUGGCCCAAGAACGACUCUCUGGCUGUGCAAGUUCAUCAGAGAUCAGGGGAGCGUGCCCCGCACCAGGACCGAGAAGUGGAUGCGAGACGCACACGUGCCGGACAACGACAGAGUCAAGCACGAGCAUGGCAGUCUCAUGGAGAUUCUUGAGACAGCGCUCACAUAUGACCAGCUGGACGUGUCUGCCCUCGCCUCUUUCGAGAUCCUGUCGAGGAGGAUUCAGCUGCUGGAGGAGGCGUGCGCGUCCAACCCGAAGGCGCCGCGGUUCGAGGGGAGCGAGCACUUCCAGGGCCUUGGCAGGAAAGUCGCGGCCGUGGCGCCGCUACUCACCUCGCGCGUGGCGUUGCAGCUCCAAGGCGAGGCUGCGAUCCAGAAAGAACGACGCAAGGGCUGCGACGAGUUUUUGGCCAAGGCAUGGCGGGCGGUCGACAGCGUGACCUGCUACCCCUGCCUCGACUUCAUGGUUGGGAAGGCCCUCGUAGCUCACUCAGUCGUGCCGUUCAACAACGUAUUUGCCGGCGUGCUUGGAUCGACAGGCGCGCCGACGAGAAUUUUUUGUGGUCUCAACGUGCUCGGGGGGUUUGGUGACAAGUCGCCCAGCGGUCCUGGUGGUGAGCAGGCUCGUGCUGCUGCUGCCUGGGCUCGUGAAGCGGUUGAAGCUGUGCCCAUGCCUAAGGAGAGACCCGCCCCGCAAGAAGCCCUCGCGGCGCUUCUGCGUACAGACGCCCGCUGUGGCGACAGCGAGUGUGCCGGGAACGUUGCACCGUUUGGCUCGGCUUCAGUGUCUCCGCCGAGUCGCGACCUGCACGGGGUGGACAUCUACAACUUUCUGCCCUCGGACGCGUCGCACAAGUUUAAGCGGUUUCGCGACGCCAUCCUUCUUAGUGAUGAGGAGUGUGCGUUGCGUAUCAAGAUCGAGGGACUGCCCAAUCCUUAUUUUGACCCAGUGCUGGAGGCACAUCCUGCGAAGUGGGAGGGUUUUUGUCGGGAUCUGCGUGACAGCCUUGACAUUAAGGACUACCUCCACGAGCUCAGGAUCGAUGAGGAACUCUCUCAGUACCUUGCUCUACCAGCAGUCCGUGCCGCGGCUGUGGGGGUGGAGAGCAUCAAUGGUAUCAAGGAUGGUCCCAGCGAGCUCUCCUACCCGGGGGAACCUGUUCAGCUGACAUGCGUCGACAACUUCGGGGUCUUCGGCUGUGACAAGGCCAAGGUUGAGGCCACGCAUCGUCAGGCUCUCGAAGGCAUUCGACACGCAGGUUUUCAAGUGCAUGAGAUCGAGCAGGUCAGCACUUCUUUGGACAUCGUGGGAGUGCACCUCGAUGGGGGCAAGAAGGUGGUCAGAGUAUCCCCCGCCAGAGCGUGGCAACUGUGCUCUGGGCUGCGCGCUCGUGCACGACGCGGGCGCUGCGCUGGGAGGGAGAUGCAAUUCGCACUUGGGCACCUCUGCUUCGCUUGCUUGCUUCGGCGCCCUUGUCUGUCCUGCAUCGCGGCCUCCCCUGCCUUUGCCGAGGCUGCAGGAGGGGAGCCAAAGGACCUCUGGCGGAACGUCAAGAGGGAGCUCCUCAUCGCCGCUGCCCUCCUUCCGCUGGUCUACGCCGACAUCGGGGUGGGCUGGCUCGACCAGGUGGUGGCGACGGAUGCUUGCGAUCCUGGGCUUGGCGCCUGUGCUGCUGAGUGGGGCUCUCCAGAUAUGCGAAUCACGGGCAGCUCCGACGAGCGCUGGAGGAUCAAGAAGGAGGCGAGGGGCGCCAAGCUCGGGUUCGAGCACGUGGUUCGUUGCGGGCGCUGGCGGCGCAGCAAGGCGCUCCUGCUGGUGGACAAUGUGUCACGCGCGCUGGCCAUGCAGAAGGGCCGCUGUCGCGAUCCAGCCCUCGUGGGCCAGCUUCGUCAGAUGACCGCGCUGCAGUUAAUCCUGCUGAUCAACCUUCGCGGCUUUGGGAACCUGCAGCUGCUGCUCUGGGCCAUGCAUGGCUUCGCGGUAAGGCCCGUCCAGUUCGAGGACUACCGCAGGCGGAUCGGGGAGUUCUACGAGUACCCCCGCCGCCAGGGCUUGGACGUCAGCACCUUGGACUCGCUGGAGACGGCCCUCCUGGACUGGGCGGACUGGGCUGAAGUGGUCGCUGAUCCUGGGGCCUGCGGACAGCAACGAAGGCCCCACCAAGACGGGCGUCUACGUCGAGAGCGUGACGAUGGACCACGAGAACCUGCAGUUCUCGGCCACUUCUUCAAGCUGUACCGCCAGGAGAAGGGGGCGAGCGACUCGCUGUGGGGCCUGACGCAGACGGAGCUCGGGGCCAUGGUCGCAAAGGCGCUGAAGGUGUGCCGGCUCGAGGGCCUGGGGAUCGCCCCCUACGGCCUUCGGCGCGCAGGCCAGUCGUGGGGCGUCAUCACGGGCAGGAGGUCUCAGGGGAAGGUCCAGCGUCGCGGGCGCUGGGCCAGCAUGAGCUCUCGCAUCAGGCACGAGAGGUCCAGCAAGGUCAACUUCCUGCUCGAGGGCCUAGACGACAGCGUCCAGGAGUACCUCUGGCUCUGCACGGCGCACCUUGGGAAUAUCCGUGGCUACGCCAUGCCGCUCAUUCAGUAUCGCUAG